AUGGAUCUGGAAAGAAGCCAGAAUGGGAUGCUGAUGUCAACGGCCUUGGGGGUGUGUUUAGCCAGAUGGGAGAGUAGCUAUAACACAGGAGCUACCAACUACAAUCCUGGAGACAGAAGCACUGAUUAUGGGAUAUUCCAGAUCAACAGCCGCUACUGGUGCAACGACGGCAAAACUCCCAGAGCUGUGAAUGCCUGUGGCAUACCCUGCAGCGCUUUGUUGCAGGAUGACAUCACUCAGGCUGUGAAUUGUGCCAAGAGGGUCGUGAGAGAUCCCCAAGGCAUCCGAGCGUGGGUGGCUUGGAGAAAUCGUUGCCAAAACAAAGACCUCACUGAGUACGUGCGCGGCUGUGGAGUCUAACUGCAGGUCAUUCCUUCUCGAGCUGCCAUUGCCUCUUUCUCACGUGAGGGGAGUGAUGGCUACGUGAAAGGCCACACCACCAUUGUAUCCCUUCAAAUAAACAGAAUCUUUAUAGCAGCAAGUGAAAAAAAUAUCCUUCCUCCUCAGAGCUCCCAUGUUUAUUAGCGUGUCUAUUAUUUGAUAUUAACCUACAUUUUUCAGUUUACUAAUCGAACUAAUACUGGUGAAAAUUUCUCUCAAACUUUGAUUCUCAAAUAUAUCUGCAGGACUUUCAGUUCUUUAUCAAGAAAAAACACAACACACUUGAUCUUGAAUGACACAAGUACUCCCUGACAAAGGAGGGAGGGAUAUCUCAGAGCAAGAGGAACUUGAGGGAAAUUUCAGCUUUGUAGGCAUCUGAUGUCUUCACCUGUUCUGUGGUAUCCUAAAGCAGUCAAAAUAAACCACUGUGCUGGCUGUUUCACUCUUUAAAUGAGCAGAAUGCAGACUGACUGAAUGAAGAAUUUUCAUUAAAAAAUGGGGCCUCUUGCCUGUAUGUGUGGGAAGGAGGGGCUCAAACACAAGACCAACUAACCUCUUUACAUUUCUCACAAAUUCUGCCCUAUGAAAACAAGCAAAUAAAAAUGUGAUUUUGA